AUGACGUCGCUAUUCACUGGUUGGGUGCAAUGUCUUUACUCAUGUUUGGUCCCUCGCGAGGCUAGUCAGGGAAAUCGGACUGAAGAGCGUGGCGUCGAACGAGAGAUGACAGCAUGCCAUACUCAACCGCAUCUAGUUCCUCCUAUGAAACUUGUUGUAUACGAUGACCUCCCCAGUCCAACUAUUCCCGAACAGCAUCGGCACUCGUUGUCGUCGUGGAUCAACGAAGGCCGGCACUUGGCCUCACGAGCCUCUACUCGAGCAAGCAUGUCCAUGAAGAGGCAAUCGACGCCAUUGAAGACGCCGUUGCAGAUCAGCGCGCCUUCAGACUUCCGCAGAGUGCAGUCCUUCCAGCCCCCUCCUUCAACAAAGUAUCGGCCCUUGGACCUCCGUAUACAUCGAUCUGGUAAUCGAUUAUCGGACCUACCUUCUUUCGAGUCUUUCCAAGUCAAGGAUGGUUAUCGCAAGACAUUGCCGGCGCCUCCCCGUGCCCUAACAGUAUCGACUGGUGUUCGUGAUCGUCGCUGCCAGACUACAGUUGUGGUAUCUCGCAAGCCUGUGGGAUCUAAGAAACGUCGCUCACUUGGAAACCUAGAGCCAUUGCUUGCCGAACAGCCCGUUCGCAUCACUAGUGCUCUGAUCCCUCAUUUCUCCACGGUGACUCCUGUCGAGAUCUCUUUCAAAGAGGCCCAGGCGUCAUCUCCUAUCCACAACAGAUCUAUAUCUGAAGGCAACAGCUUGACGCUGAACAAAUUGUGGCCCAGUCAAGGAGAUAACAGCCAGGCCUGGGGAAGACCACCUCAAACCCCCACUGCCUCCAAGGAAGUGUCCACAGAAUCGGUAGAGACAUCACCAUCAAAGUAUUCUCCAACGUCCAAGGACUCCCCAUCAACAGCGAGCUCACGAACAACCCCAUCUCAAAUCUCAUCACUUCGUCGACCCUCCCUUUUCUUCCCAGAAACCAAACCCAAAAUCCCAGAAUAUCCCUCUCUUUCAAACCGCGUCACUCAAUGGAUGCACCCAACAUCCACCGAAGCCACUCCUUCACCCAAACAAACAUUCGCACCCAAUAAGCCAGACUUUUCCUGGGAACGAACCCGUACUUUGAGUGGGACGACAGUUGCGUCAGCAACAACCACUAUCACCGGCGGUGACGCAAAAGCUCGAAACAACAGUUCUAUCUCGAGUGUCUUCUCCAAUGCCAUAACACCUCGCACAUCCUUCCAAGGCCCGUUGCCGACAACGGAAAAGGGUCUCGAAGUUGAGCUCUGUCACCCGACUAUAUUGGAAAAUCAGCGACAAGACCUUCCUUUCGCUGCUUACCAUGAGGAUGAAGAUACGCGAUACCGGGAGACUGGUAUUGGAUUGGCUUUUUGA